AUGCCACAUUAUGAUGUAACAGCUAAUGCAAAUACAAUACACGAAGAGGUAAGUCUAUUUGUUUUCCAGGCCUAAUCUACUGUGAUCGAACAUGAUUGCUAUUUUUGGGUGUACAAAUAAGACUAUUUAAUAACUCGAUGUAAAAGCUGUUUCACUCUUGCACUGUCAAAUUAUUUUUCUCUAAAAUCACUUAGCCUUUGCCUCAAACGUCAAAUGAAUGUGCCCUGAUUUGUGGAUUACAAGUUUAUUGUUUGAUUGAAAUUAUGAAUUUAUUAACGGGAGCUUCGCUUUUAGCCCUGGCUAAAUCUAUAUAUUAAAUGGUUUUAGAUUGUUUGCGAGUGGUUGUAGAUGUUUUUGAGGUGGUUGUAGAUGGUUGUAGGUGGUUGUUGAAUUUUUUGAGGUGGUUGUAGGUGGUUUUAGGUGGUUUUAGGUCGUUCCAUGUUUUAGUAACUACGUGUUUGCGACGCAAGAGUAUUUCCGGGCAUUUGGUUUGAUUUUAUACAUCCCCAUAAUUCAAGUUUAUUCUUUGCUACUCCUCAGAUAUAUGUCGCAGCCGAAAAGAAUAAGAUUUACAGCCCUGUCCUGCUUUGACACAAACAUUUACCAACGUGUAUUUUAACGAGGUCGUACCCACGCUAACAAAGCAGUCAUCAAUUGGCAAGCAAAAUUUGUAAACAAACAUUUUAUUACUGUUCUCUCAGUUCGCCUUAUAUAAACCCAGAAAUACUUACAAAUAGUGCCUGACCGGUGACAAAAACACACAACGUAUGAGUAUAAAGAUUAUCCUUAAUUGAGCAUAAAUUUCAAUUGCUUAUCAGCAAAUGAACAAAUUCAUUCGCGUUGCAUCGGGUCAGUGUUCCGCAAAACAAAUGUUAUCGAGUAGAACACAUAAAGAAACUAGAUUAUAAACAGAAUAUUCACACAAUAAUUUAUUAAACAUAUACGAUCAUAAAGCAAAGAUACAAGGAACAUUUCAAGAGUACCAGAUCGGUGAAUCGCGUGGCCGGUUGUGGUAUAACUACAGGUCGAAGUCAAAAAUCAAAUCAAAGUUGAAUGAACUCAUGCCUUUAACCACUUUCCAAGUAUCGUGUAUUCAACCAUACCAGAUUGAUUGGCUAAGCUUCUCUAUCUCCAAAGACUCUUGAAAACGUCCUGUUGCCGGACGGCCACCAUGCUCUUCUGAACCUCCAUGAUCAAAACAUUAUUUUUUGCGUCUUCUUAAAAGGUAACCAGUCAAACAACACAACCACACGUUAAUCACCACUACCGAAGUAUAACUAGGCCAGCCAAAGCCACGGAUGUCGGAAUAAAACGAAGGAUUUUCAAUGAUUGUACAGGUAAUGGCGAUUUCGAAUUUAGUGUUCAACCAACAAAUUUAUUCUGAAGAGACAAACGGCACGCAUGCGCAUAACUGUAAUCGCGUCCCUUUAAUACACUACCAACCCAAAAAGACAGGACCCCACUGGUAGGAAAGUCAAGAGCCAUUUCAUCUUUCUUUAAACCCACAUCCAAAGCAAGUGCCACCAAGAGAACCACUACCGAAGCUGUCGUAAACUCCAACCAGAGUAGCUGCUGUGUGAAAGUACCCAAGACCUCUUCUGUAACCAGAAAGUUUCAAGAUUCUUGGAAAAACGAGUUUCCAUGGGUGAUCUAUGACCCUGAUGCGAACACAAUGUUUUGCGAUUUGUGUCGCAAAGCUGGCUCAAAAAUUGCUGGUAAAACUGAAUUUGUCACUGGCUCAAAGACAAUAAGAAAGGAGACACUCAAAAAGCACGGUGAGAGCCAUGGCCAUCUACGCGCAGAAAACACUCACAAAAAGACCAAUAUUCAAAGGGCUUAAGAAGGCAGCUGAGAAGAUAGAUGAGCAGGCCUACAAAGAAAUGUCAGUGAAAAUGAAUACUGCAUACUUCAUUGCAAAAGAAGAACUUCCAUUCACUAAGUUCCCGGGCCUUCUUCAGCUUCAGCAGAAGAACAGAAUUCAAAUAACCAACACCUAUUCAAAUGACAUAAAGUGUGCAGAAAUGGUUGCAACAGAGGGCACACUGAUAAAAGAGGAAAUUGCUGAAAACCUUUGAAAUGAAGUGCGUUACAUUUCAGUCAUGAUUGAUGGAGCCACAGAUGCCUCCAGCACCGAAAACAAAACUGUGUAAGCGAGAUGUUUGGGUACUGAUGGUCGACCAGUCAAUCGCAUGGUAGGACACAAACCUGUAGAGCAUGCCCAUGCUGAUGGUAAGCUUUAAUGUACACUGCACAUUUAUUAAAGACCUAACAAAAAAGAAGCUAUCGAGUUGUCAACAUUUUUCUUCGACAUAAUUAAUAUUCUUGGACAAAAAAAUCAGAACUAUAAAAGUCUCUGCUAAAUUCCUGGCAACCAUUUUUGUGAUACCGCUUAGUUUCACAUUCUUUUUUUGUGAUUGAUGUUUAAAAGCUUACCGGUGUAUUAAUGAUAAAACUUUUGAUCCUUUUUGUUUAAUUUUCGCAGGUCUUCAAGUUGUCGACAACUGCUUUUCGGACCUUGGAGUGAAGGAGAGGAAAAAGAGCACUAUAGGGUUUGGUGCAGAUGGCACGUCAGUGAAUCUGGGAAAGCGACGAGGUGUUGCAUCAUUACUCAAACAUGAAGUCGACCACCUCAUUGACAUCCACUGUCUUCCCCAUCGCCUGGAACUAUCAAUGAUAGAAAUGCAACAAGAGUGCAAAUAUGUUAAAGAGGUGUAAGACAUAUUGCAUUUGGUGUGGAAGACCUAUCAUUUCAGUCCUAAGAGCAAAAGGGAGCUAAAAGCUUUGGGAAACGAGCUUGGUCUGGAUGUUCUGAGGCCUAGGCCAGUGAGGGGUUCCAGGUGGCUUCCCCAUGUCAGUGGUGCAUUGAGAGUCUUCAUCAAGCCUGUAAAGGAUGAAAGCAUUAGCUCAGAUCCUGCGCAAUAUGCUGCCGUCCUUGCACACAUGGAGCAUCUUGCUACUACAUCAACUAAUGCAGAUGUCAAAGGAAGAGCCAAGUUCAUUGCAAAAGCUAAGAAGAAAGCAUCUCUUGUGACCUUUUGUCACUUUCUGUCUGACUUGUUUGAUGUUCUCAGCAAGCUCAGCUUUCAUUUCCAAAGAAAUGAUCUCAUUUUGCCAUCUGCUGUAUCCCUUUUAGAGGAGGCUCUAUCCAGUAUCUCUCUUCUUACCAAGCGACCUGUAAGAGGAGGAAGACUGGAGGCUUUUCUCGGUAGCCUGUCAACCUCAGACAGCUGUUCAUUAUUUCAAGGGAUCACUCUCUAUGGCGAUCUAAGUGGUGUAACUACUGAAGAGAUCGAUGAAAAGGCUGGCGUAGCUGCCCAGAUAAAACAGGCAACAGAUCUUUGUUUGUCUGGUUUGAGCGCAUGA